ACGUAUGCUGCACCAGUGUACGUAUAUAUUGGAAUAUUAUAUGAAUAAUUAAUUACUUUCCUAAAUCACUAAACCUAGAAGAACUGUAUACUGAACCUUCCUUGGUCUCCAACAAAGCGACAAUAAUUCUUGGAUCUCUUGUGAGUUCGACACAAUGUCUGGGUCGGGUGGGGUUUCGAUUGCUCGCAGCAACAUCGGGGACAACCGGUUCUACAAUCCGCCGGCUAUACGGAGACAGAGGCAACAGCAACUGUUGAUGGCUCAAAAGCUUCAGCCGUCAAUUACGAGGAAGAAUCGUGCGGAGUCGGAGAAGAGGGCGGAGUCUGGUGAAUCUGCGUCUUCAUCAUCGACGAUGUUGGAUUCUGGCGAUUCGACGAAUUUGGAUCGGUUCUUGAAGUGCACGACUCCUGAGGUUCCUGUACAGUAUCUGCCUAAGACAAGCAUGAAGGGAUGGAGAACUUAUGAAACAGAGUGCUACCCAUAUUUUGUGCUUGGGGAUCUAUGGGAGUUCUUUAAGGAGUGGAGUGCAUAUGGAGCCAGUGUUCCUCUUUUGUUGAACGGGAGUGACUCUGUUAUCCAAUACUAUGUCCCUUACUUGUCUGGCAUGCAGCUGUAUAUAGAUCCAUCAAGACCAUGCCCAAAGCUAAGGAGGCCUGGCGAAGAAAGUGAUACUGAGUCAUCCAGGGAGACAAGUAGUGAUGGUAGCAGUGACUGUGGAGCAGAGAGUGGAGCCAGCAAUCUUGUUAUGAGAACUUGGAACCAUCAGAACUCUGUGGGCACUAACACCCAGAGUCUGAGCAGACUCUCCCUGAGCAAUAAGGCCUCCAAGGGUUCAUCAAGUGAUGAAUGUGAAACUUCCAACCCUCCAGGUCGCCUUAUGUUUGAGUACUUUGAGCAUGAUCCUCCAUUUACGCGUGAGCCUUUGGCUGACAAGGUUUCGGCUCUCGCAUCUCAGUUUCCAGAACUGAAGACAUAUAGGAGCUGCGAUCUACUACCGUCAAGUUGGAUAUCUGUGGCUUGGUACCCAAUCUAUAGAAUACCCAUGGGUCCUACACUGCAGAACCUUGACGCCUGCUUUCUGACCUUUCAUUCUCUAUCGACACCCCUCCAGAGUACAAGCACCAAUGGGAUGCACUUUUCCAUAAUUAGGGAGGUUCGUGGCAGGGAAGUGUCCUUGAAGUUGCCUUUGCCGACCUUUGGACUUGCUUCGUAUAAGUUCAGGGUGGCUUUUUGGAAUCCUGGUGGAGUUAGUGAAAGUCAGAAAGCCAAUUCCCUGUUGAGAGCUGCUGACAACUGGCUUAGGAGUUUGCAAGUAAACCAUCCUGACUACAUGUUCUUUGUGUCCCGUAACUCAUAGUGGAGGUGAGAGUUUAAUACGAGCUUGUCUAGUAUGUCAUGGUUUCUGCCUUGCUGUUAGGAAGUCAGCAAACGGAGACCUAAAAGAAUACCAAUUUUCCACCACAUCCUGGCGAAGUGUCCUGUAUAAUUUAGAAUGUAGGACUCCUGCUCAAGUGUUAUUAGCUCUACCUUAUAUGCAUUUACCUCUGUAGAAUUUCAGCCCCAUGAGUAGUCUAGCAAUGUCUCUCAUGAGAAUUCGGUCUUCUGAGUUUUGGCAAAAUGGCUUCCUGAAGAAAAUAUCAUGGUGGUGUGUGUUUGGGUCACGUGGAUGGUUCGAAUAAGGAUGAAAAUAUCAAAUGGGGAAUAAGGUGGUCUGGAUGAUUAUGAAAAGUAAUGCAGUUUGUAUAUAGCUGUGUACUUCUGCUUGUUUUAACAGACGUUUUGUUCUAACAGUUGGGGCAUUAUAUGAUAAUAUGCGUUUAUCGUGUUC